CAUUCGCACGAAAGGAUGGCAGUACGAGGUUUCUGACCAGCGGCAGCAGAACGUAGCAAAACUUCACUCGGUGCGGUCGUAACAUCAGUGGCAGAGUAUCCCCGUACUUGUUUGUGGCUGGUCCCAAACGCGUUCUCGGGUUUUCCCCCCACAAAAAAAAAAAAAAAAACAAAUUAAACUCAAGAAAACGCAUCGAAUGUGGGUCUCUUAAAUAUCAGUGCGAAAGUCAGCAGCCAGUCCUCGCUACAGUGCACAGUGUAUUUUUUCUCACAAGGCUUUCGGGACAUACCGCCGCGGAAGGAGUAGCAGCAGUAGUGCAAUCCGGACGAACCCUGUUCUCCAACCAAGUGUUGUACAAAUUUAACAGGUGUUCAAUUGCACAGUUCCCUCAGAAACCUGGAGCGGUCGGAAACGUGGGUGCUUAUCUGAAACCAGACAGAAUUUGUAGAAAAGCAGUGAGAGUGUGCGUGAGUGAAUGUGUUUCAGGACACCCUGAAACGAUAAAAACAGUGUAUUAGCUAAUCGAGAGACUUUAAGUUUGUUUGUUAUUUUUUUGCUAUAGUCGUUCGCGUUCACCCCAAGAUUUUAUGAACAGCCAUUAGUUGGCAGUGAGAGUUAGUGUUUUCUUCUGAACAUAACUUUUUAAAAGGCAAUCCGGAGUAGUUAAUGUUGAUGUAGUGCGAAUCGCGUUUUUAAACACUAGUGAAAUUGUUUAUUUUUCUACUUCCAAGCGAACAGUUAGAGGCCAAUAUAAAUGUACAUAAAUCCGUUUGUGAAAGAAGAUACAACAGUUUGAAAGUUUGAAAUUAUUAUCGUUAUCGGAAACAAGGUUAAAAAGUAUAAUACUCGUAAGCCAAUCGUUGUUCGGUCAAGUAGUGAUAGCAAGUCCAAUUUUCGACGACGUAAAACAGUGUGUGUGUAGAAGGACAUUUGACUCAUUUUUUUUGUGAAUUACGGUGAGACUCUAAACAGAAAUCUAAAUGGAUGAUUUUCUGUACGGUGGUUCGGUCAUGGGAAAUGAUUCGAGCGUAUCGAAUCAAUCGCUGCUGGACACGUUGAGUAUCAACAAUCUGCUCAACAUGAAGCAUCUUACGAACGGUGCGAGCAGCGGCGGGAAUGGCUGCGAUGGUCUGAGUCCCUCCGUCUCAGAACCAUCGAUGUCCGCUAGCCCGAAUUCCUCCUCGCUCAUGCUGGACUCCAUGGUGGACAACAACAAUGGCGGCAGCUCGUUGAGUGCGAAGAAUUGUAUCAUGCCGGAAACUAGCAGUGCCGGAGGCAAUUCCGCUAUCGAUGAGUCCGGGCUUUUGAUCACAUCCAGCAACACGUCAGCAAGCGUUCCAACCAUUACGACACCUAUUGCGUCCGAAUGUCAGCUAACGAGUCCAUCGAACGUUAAUACUCUAUCGUUGCAACUGACCGCGCCACAAUCGGAUGACGACACAUCGACCUCUUCUCUGUUGAAUGGCGGAGGAUCGGUAGCUUCGCCAAUUGCUUCGCUGAACAGUCACAACGCCACGCACCACAGCAACAACCCGAACUCCGCUAACAACAAUCUCCUGAUAGAGAAUUCCGAUCUGCAUCUUACGAGCGCUGCUGAAGAACUUAGUCUCAAGGCUGGGGACUUGAGCUGUCUGAACGUUACUUCCAGCCUGAUGAACGGCGGAUCGUCUUCGCAAAUGGGUCUUCCUCCGAAUGGGUUGAACUUUGGCAGCACCUCGGACCAUAGCCCUUGGUCCAGCAGCAUAGACGACAGCCCCGGCUCGCAUCUUUCCAUCAACGAACUCGGUGGUUUCCAGAGCUAUUCGAGUAACCAACUCUACAAUGGAGCGGCUGUUGCUGCUGCCGCAGCCGCUGCGGCAGCCCAACAGCAGCGCAGGGCCAUCACUGCUUCUCACGGAGGCUUCUCCCAUCAUGAGUUGUCUCCAAAUAGUGCAGUGGCUCACACGUCCGGUCCGAAUCAUAUGCUGCAGCAUUCGAGCGUCCAAAGCCAGCAACAGCAGAAUCAGUUCAAAGACAACUACCCCACCUGGACUAAUCCUGCUCCUGCUGGUUCCUGGUCCCAGCAGCAGCAACAACAUCAGCAACAACAACAACAGCAGCAGCAGCAGCAGCAUCCUGCUCAUCUGCAGCAGCAAAACUCCAUGAACUCAUGGAACCGUGGUCGUUCGGUUCCCAACAUGAACCUUGGCAACAGCCUCACUAGCUCUCUUCAAUCCCGCAAAGCCCACAAUUCCAAUCCACAGUCCCAAGUUCUCUCCCCGUACGGAAAUCAUAUGCAUCAACAGCAGCAACAGCAACAUCAUCAACACCACCAGCAACAACAGCAGCAGCAGCAGCAAUCCCAUCUCCAGCAGUCGCUCAGUGUUGCCUCGAACCUUAUCAACUCCCCCUCCAAAUAUCGCCGCAGCACAUCCUACCCGGGUAAAUCCAUCUUGCCCAAUUCGUCCGUCGGAGGCGGCUUCGGUGGCGGUCCGUUGGAUACCAUUCCACUGGACGACUCGCGGGAUUCGUUCCUGUCAUCCUAUCAGGACCGCACCGGAUUAAACAAUGGAUUAGAUAUGCGUUCACUCGAGCACUGCCUCAGCGAUAUCAUGCGGAACGUCGGCGAAGCUUCCCAGCCGGAUCAUUUGAAAGGAUUCCUCAACUGCAACACAAACGCGUUGCAAUCACUAGCUCAACUGCAUGGCAAGCCAUUCUUCUCCGGAUUGGACGAACAAAUUUCCGAUGAUGUGGGAGGCUUUGGUGGUAAUCUCAACAACCACCAUCACCACCAACACCAUCAUCACCAUCAAUUGGGCAGCCUGGGAUCACCUGCUCGUUCGUCACCCCACUCGAACGGGUCAGAAUCGACGGAACGCUUCUCUCGGAAAGUGUUCGUCGGUGGUCUCCCGCCGGAUAUCGAUGAAGAGGAAAUCACCACGUCAUUCAACCAGUAUGGAGCACUCGUUGUCGAUUGGCCGCACAAGGCUGAAUCGAAGUCCUACUUUCCACCGAAAGGCUAUGCAUUCUUGCUGUUCCAGGAGGAGCGUGGUGUUCAGAAGCUGAUCGAGACAUGCCACCCGGAGGAUGACAAACUGUACAUUACAGUUUCGUCGCCCACAAUCAAGAACAAGGCAGUACAGAUUCGACCAUGGCGUCUGGCCGACGCAGACUAUGUGCUGGACGCUUCGAUGCCGCUGGAUGCACGCAAAACUGUGUUUGUCGGUGGAGUUCCAAGACCACUGAAAGCAUAUGAACUGGCUACCAUUAUGGAUCGUCUGUACGGAGGCGUCUGUUAUGCUGGUAUUGACACUGAUCCGGAGUUGAAAUAUCCUAAGGGCGCUGGAAGAGUAGCAUUCUCCAACCAGCAAAGCUACAUCGCUGCUAUCUCCGCUCGUUUCGUGCAGCUCCAGCAUGGCGACAUCGAUAAACGUGUCGAGGUAAAACCAUACGUGCUAGACGAUCAGAUGUGUGAUGAGUGUCAAGGGCAGCGUUGUGGCGGCAAGUUUGCGCCAUUCUUCUGCGCCAAUGUUACCUGUUUACAGUAUUUCUGUGAGCACUGCUGGGCCCACAUUCACUCGCGCUCCGGACGCGAGUACCACAAGCCCCUCGUCAAGGAGGGUGCUGACCGUCCCCGGGCAGUGCCCUUUCGCUGGUGUUAACGCCAGCCCCCACGAUCUGUAUCGACAGCAGCGGGAAGGACAGCAUCAUCUGCCUUCGCAAACGCGACGUCGACGAGAUCGAACUACAACAAUCAUUACCAACAGCAACAGCAACAUCACAAUAGCCACCAACAACAGCAGCAGCAAUUUCAUCACCAUCAAUCAGCUGCUGGCAACAGUAUCGGUUCCCCCGCCGGUAACUUCCACACCUUCGGCCAGUCGUCAACCUCCUCUAACUAUGUACCACCACCGCCGUCGUUUCCCUGGACCAACAACACCAACCUAGGUAGCAGUGGUGCCAGCGGUAGCGGGUUCAGCACCAAGCCGAGGCACCAUCUAGGCCGGGUGCCAACUUCGGGUGGUUUUUUGGCACCACCGCCUAUGCGCUACAACGGCGCCGCAAGCAGUGGUGGAAGCAGUAACGGCUCAGUGCUUAUCUCUAGCAGCGGCAGUAGCAGUCCUUCCUCGAUUCGCUGCAGCAGCUCUAUUGAUCAGGCACUUUCCAGUGCGGUGGUGGGUUCGGUUAGUUUUAGUAAAAAGCAAGAAGACAUCGUGAAGCAACAUCAGCGAACGUUGCAAUAGCGGCAGUAAGUAGCCGCGCCAACAGUCGAACGAUAUCGUCACACACGAUCCUCCAUUGGAUCGGGUAUUGCACUAUGAUAAUGUGAAAAGACAGUAUUUUCAUUCGAGAAACGAUUUUUAUAAUCCAUAGAAAUAUUCGUCUUUUCUACUUCUUCUUAUAGAAUAUCUAUUCAUAGGGUUAUAUAUAUAUAUAAAAACAAACAAAGGUUUUUUUUCGUAAAGACUUUCAUCGAAUCAUUCAAGAAAAAAUGAAAUGUUAAGGGAAACUGAUACAAGAGAAAACUUUAAUAUACCCGCUCUCACCCUGAAUAAGAUAAAAUGAAUUAAAAAGGGAGUCAGGGAAAUCGAAAUACAGAGAACAUAUUGCGUUAAUAUUAGACAAACAAAUGGUGGAUACUGUUUAUAAUUCAUUCACUUUUUUAUAUUGAGACGCGUUUCCGUUAACUUUUUGUAUGAAAACAAUUUAGAGGACUAACUAGUAAUGUAUAUUUCACACAAGAAAGAAAUUUGUACUGAACACUAGCUGCAACAAAAAAAAACCCGAACAUUCGCAUGUGAAUGAAGAAAUUAUUCGGAAAGAAAGCAUUCUGCAGAUGGAACGAUGAAAAUAAAACGAAACAGAGACAGAAAGCAUCUAUCCCAAAAAUUAGAAUAAAACAGAUCAGUUCUUGUGAUAACUAUUUUUGUAGAUACUGAAAAAAAUCGUCACCGAUCGGAAAUUAAACAAACGAAAAAAACAAACAUCUCAUGAAUACAGAAACACACAUAAAUACGAAUAUCAUCGCGCAAUUUGUACUAGAAAACCAAGCCAAGGCAUAAGAUGUUCUUUUUCAAUUGUGAAACUAUAUUUCAUCCUAGAAAGCGGGUAACAGAUAAAGAAAGAAAAUAAUCAUAAGCGGAGUUUUACAAUGAGUUCACGAUCAAGACGAAACUCUAGGAAAAUUAGCCAAUUUUUAUUAGUCAAAUUUUGUUGUUUAUUGCGGAUAUUACUAGCGUUGUAUAAAACGCAUCUAAAUUUGUUAAUUUUUUCGAAGCCCCUGUUGAGCUUGGUUCAUUUUGUUUUUUGAUAGCGAGAGUUGGAUUAGUUAGAAGCAACAAUUGCCUCUGAUGGCAAGGCGAGAAAGGAAUCUCGAAGCACGAAAAAGAACAAGAUUUAUUUUAAUGAUAAGCAGUAGGGUGCAGUGAGAGAAAAUUUACGAAUACUAAUAGUGUGUAUAUGAGCCCGAAUCAACUGCUUUUGUCGGAAUGUUGUUGUGUCUCUUAAAAAUUUUAGGAUCCCAGAAAGGAAUUUCGCUGCUAGUCAUCUUUAGAUAUGGAGACUUACGCUAGGACAUGCAACCCCCCCUUAUUCCACGCGGCGAGUGACGUGAGAUAGCAAUGUUUCUAGCUUCAUUGUGGAAGCUACCUUCCCUUUCAACUUCUUUUUGAUACCCGAGUCGAUAACAUAUGCGGACACGACUCACCUAGUGACAAAUUAUAGUCACUCCAUUCGCCUACGAGAAUGCAGUGACUUGAGUCAUCUCACCUCAUUCGCCGCGCGGUAUGAAGGUGAUCGUCUUCUCCCAGUUAAUCAACAAGCAUAGCAUAACAAGCCAAACGAAGCAAUGUGUAAAUCGAAAAUGCGAGGCCACUUCUCCAACAUCAUCAUCAUUAGCGUCCACAGCUCCCGUCUCGGGGGCACCGGUAAGGCGUCGUGCACAAAUUACGUAACGCGAUAAGGGGGGAGGGGGGUCGAGGUUGCGUUACUUUCUGUGUCUUAGAUAUAGGAAAUUACGUUACGUAGGGGGUGAGGGGGUCCAAUAUCCGGAUUUUAGCGUUACGUAAUUUGUGCACGACGCCUAACGACGAAGAAAAAUUCUACGCACAGCUAGAACGUGAAUACGAUCGCUACCCAACACAUGACAUCAAGAUUGUGAUCAGUGAUUUAAGCCGAGAUAAAAAAAUGUAAGGUGGGAAGAUUUUUAAAUCUGUAACGUCACUGAUCUUGUUAAUGUGUGUUAAUUUUAUUAUAAUAUUCAUUUUUGUAGCAUUUGAGUAACUGACUUUUAUGCCUUGUAUGUGAACUUCCUAUCUUCAUGGCUACUCAUAAAAUCAAAGCUUACCACAAUUAAAACCCGUGAAUCUUCCCACCUUCUAUUCUUCAUCUCGGAUUUAAAAGCUCAGGUCACCCAAGAGGAGGAGCUCGUACCGGUAAUUGAUUAUAUGGUUCAGCGCCCAUUCGCGAGCCACCGAAAAUGGUCUAAGAUUCAUCCAGGGCUAUUCUGCGUGUCGUGUGAGGUGUGAUGAUAAUUGUCACAUCAUCAUCACGCAAUUCUUCUCACUCUAUUCCGACAGUCGUAUCGGAUGCUGCGAGAGGUUCAUGUUAUAGUGAGUGUCAGAAUGAACUGUAUGUGACGUGCUGUUCAUUCUACUGGUUCUUGAAUCAGAUCAGAGAUGUCACAAUCGCAGAUAUGUCUGCAAAUUUGAACUUUGAAAUUAAGUCACAAACUUUUAUUUUCGAUGUAGAGUAUCAUUCAAACGUGUUCGGAAAAGGCACCUUUGGAUUCGUUCGAGCCCGGUUGAACGAAUUCAUUUUCGAAUGUAAACACUGUUGAGAACGACGGUAUGUUGUCGACAUAUGGAUACAACAAUUACUUAAAGCAUAUUGUCCAGACCGUUACUUGACAUAUUUUCUAUAGUUGUUCUGAUGUUCUCAAAAAAACUUCCCAUCAUAAUAAAAAAUUAUCUUCAGAAACAAUUUUCGUGUAAGUUUUCUUCACCACUUGCAGAAAAAAAAUAUUUUUAUCUACAUAAAAUACUAAUUUGAUUUGAAACAGUUAAUGUUCAUUGAUAAGUUUUAUUUUAGAAAUGUGUUCAUUUCGCCUGAAAGCCGAUUAUUGUCAUUAUCGCUUCCCGAAAUCGUAGUACGAUGCUCAAUAUCGUCGUCAAGAUAAUAAACAGUUGAGGUUUCGCAUAGUUUUAAAAUCUGAGAUGUUUUGUGGAAAAUGCCUCUUUUUAUUUCUGCUAUUAAUCAGAUUCUAUGAAUAGUUACAUUUGGAUCAUGUAGUACUAAACAGCAAAAAUGUUGCCUAUUUUAUAACAAAUUAUAUUUUUCUAUUAUACUUUGUCAUGAAAUCUAAUUUGAGAGUAUUUACUAUAAGAACAUUAUGUAGAAGUAUAUUUUCAAAUAUUAUUGUCAACCCUUCAGAAUUGACCAAUCAGCAGUUGGUCCGAGUUUGACAGAAAUCUGGUUCGGAAACGACGAUCUAAGCCAACGCAAAAGACCAUAUUAACGCAAAUUCUUGGUGAGCGGGAAGGUAGAUUCAUGUGCGCUUGAAUGCUGACAAGGAAAUGAGUACAAGGGAAAAUAAAAUCAUACAUACACACAGAUUGAGUCUAUUUUGACUUGACACUCGUUAUUUUGUUUCGUGCGAUCCUUCCAAAGGAGUAUUCAUUCAUUGAAUGUUGUGUUUCUACUUCUUGUUUAGUUAUGUUCACUCUCAGUCCCGAAUGAAGAUGGUCGGAGAGUUAAAAUUGAUUCAUCGUGCAAUCUCACGAUUGCUUACUGCAUUCUUUGCACCAUGAUUAUUCCAAGCAGAUACAAGAGUGAUUUAUAAUUAGGUGUGGAGAAAUGAGCGAAUGAACUUUUCCAUACUUGGCUACAGCCAAUGCCGCAUCUUUGCGCCUAAUUUUCCUUGACUUGUUGGCUCAAACAUGUUUGUUGCGUAUCGGACACAUUUUGCGGAAUUUGCAGCCAUUUAUGUGCGAUAUUUAGUUUGCUCAAAAAGCAGAGUGAAUCGGUUGUUUGCAUCCUGUAGAGUUUUACGCUCCCGUGUGUUUUGGUCGUAGCUGCUGCUCCCUACGUUUUCAUUUCAACGUUUAAUUCUUGCUCUGGUUCCGUCUCCUGGAAUGGAUAUAUUGUUCGAUGAUGAUGACUCGCGGUUGGGUUCGCUGGGUGUAAUUGAUUUAUUUAAUGAAAAUAUCCGCCCGAUCGAGAAAUACCAGAUUCACUUCUCCAUCGAUGAUACGUGGAUUGACAGCGGGAAUACGGUGAGAGUUCAUUUGUGUUUAUUCAAGUGAGGUUUCUCAGGUCAUUCGUAUGGUGGAAUCGGGUGACAUACGCGACAAUUAUCAUCUCACCUCACACGCAGCGCAGAAUCAGAUCGAUCGACUUCGCUCCCUCCAAGAACAUGGCGGUACGCAUUGAGCAACUUCUUCCACGCUGCCUUCAAUAUCGUUGCACCUGGUUGCACCACAGCAAACGGAAACACAAAUUGAGUGGAACGCUGACAUCAAUUCAGAUCACUAUCUGUGGAAGGUUAACCUAAACUGUUAUAUAUAUAUAUAUAUAUAUAUAUAUAUAUAUAUAUAUAUAUAUAUAUAUAUAUAUAUAUAUAUAUAUAUAUAUAUAUAUAUAUAUAUAUAUAUAUAUAUGUAUAUAUAUAUAUAUAUAUAUAUAUUGAUGUUCUCAGGAUUAUUCGUUGAAAAUCGUUGAAAGAUGCUCAAGACCACCUAGGAGAUUGAAUGAUUACAUCCGGCACUGAAAUGGAAAGGAAGAUGCUAGUUUGGCUUAUCAGUUUACAAAUCGAGCGACCAUUAGUUUGAUAACUUAAAAAUGGAUACAUCAUGAAACCAGUAUGAAAUUCAAUGGACACAUUGUAUUCAGUAAUCAUUUUGAAUUAAAAAUGAAAGAAUAAUGCGAACAGAAAAUAGAUAGAAUCAAUAAUAGAUCACAAAAAUUUACUACAUAUAUCCUGGGCAAAGAAACGCAAAACGAAGCGAAACAAGCCGUGUACAGUAGACGAAAUACAAUUGCAACAAAAUGAACGCAAAUAAUCUCAUGAUCAGAUUAGCAAAUAUUUCUAUUUUUGUACUAUUUCAUCCCUCGAGAGGAACAAGAAAAAACAAAAACUAUGGUUAUCCACCUUCCACCCCAGGGUGGAACAAUAGCAAACCUUGCUCUCCCCUAAACUAUAUAUUUUUGUAACGGAUGAAUAUCUCCUCAGUCCCCCAUCCCCAUUUUUGAAAAGUAUAGAAAACAAAGAAAAUCCCACAAAUGUCACACACUGAGACGGAACCAUUCUGCAACCGUAAUCUUCCAUUAGCGAGAGAAAAGAGAGCGAACAUUGAACAAUUGAAUAGCCCAUGUCCAGAAAAAAAACUUCUGCGUGAAAUUGAACACGAAGAGAGGGUAAAGUUUUGGGUAGUGAUCCCCGAUUUUUGAAAUUAAUCGUUCAUCCACUAAUCGAAUACUUUUCAGCAGUUUGUUAUUCGAUACGAUUAAUCGCCCCAAAUAAUCGAUUAAUCGAUUAAUCGUCAUACUGAGAGAAAUAAUUAGUUAGACUAAUAUCUCUCUUUUGUUAGAAAGCCAUCUGGAAACAAAAAAAAGUGUUCAUUUCGCCUGAAAAUCAAUUAUUCUCUUUUACGUUCCCCUAAACUCGUAAAGGAAGCUUAAUUCGCGUUGACUGCAAUGAGCUUCGUUUACGAGUUUAGGGGAGCGCCAAUGACAAUGAUUGAUUUUCAGGAUAAAACUGCAGUGAUCGUACUUUUUUUUUGCUCUGGGCUUGGAUCGAUUAAUCGACGUAAAUUAUUCGUUCGCUACGAUUAUUGGUUGUUCAGUAUUCAUUCGAUUAAUAAUCGAUUUCUGUAGGAAGUAUUCGAUUAAUCGAUUAUCGGAGAUCACUAGUUUUGGGUAAUCGAGGGCAACUUCGUUUAAUACAAUAUGUUUACUAUUUCGGUGAAUAUUUAGAUUUUCCUUCGAGUGGGGAAAUGCCGGACAAGGGAAACAUUUAAUCAGAGCGUGUUUCAAGGUUUCGCAUGCGACAGAGGGAACUCAUAUAGUUUAUACUUCGAUAUAUUCGGCGUAGGCAAAAUCGUUUUUCAAUUUCAAAUUAGAGAUAUUUUCCAAAAAAAAAACCAUCCCGCGUAGAGAUUUCAUUGUGGGAGAGAUAUAAAUAACAAAUGCUUUUGAACGUUAAUGUGUUCAUCGAGUAGUGCUAUUUCAAACACGGACAAAACAAGAUUACAUGAACAACAAAAAAGAAAAUGGUAGAACAGAACUCUAUAUUUUUAACUAUUUUCGAAACACACACGAUUCACAUCAAACCGAUCGAAAACAAACUAAAGGGGUAACAAAAUACGAAUCUAUCAAAUAAAAUCAUAGCAAUGCUGACAGAGAAAUGUCGUAAACAGUACUUGCACAGUACAAAGCAAGAGGAUUAAUAUUGAAACGUAGAUACAUUGAAUCUUUUAUAGCUAUUUUUCAACGUUGUGUUUGAGUUUGAGAGAAGAAUAACUUCAAUGUUUUUAAUUGCAGAAUCGCCACGAAAGUCGCGUGGUUAUGUGUUUUAACUUACCGUCGGAUCUAAUCAAUUUAGAGAAAUAAAACAAACAAACGUUAGCAGACGAAUAAUAUUCCCACUGAUGAAACAGUAAGAAAGCAAAGGAAAAACAAAGAGGCAACAAACAAAAAACAAAUGCUUUCGUACCUGAGAUACGCAUCCCAAAAGUAGCAGCAGCAUGAUGAUAACAAUGAAGCAACGAGAAAAGUUGGGAAAACAACAAAUAGGGAAUGGAGACAGAUUAGGACUAUAUUUUUAAUACACGAAAAGGUAAAUCGAUUACGUCUUUGUCUCUGGGUUGCAUCGGAAAAUUCGAUGAAAACUUCUUUCGUAUCGAUUUUGGGAACUGUCUACUUUCCACGUUACUGCUUGCGUCUGAGAAUGUUUCGUUCUUUUGAAGCAGUGAACAAAGUCAUAGAAGGAUCGAGACAACACACAACUUUAGGCUGAAUUCAAACAGCUGUUUUGUACGAACCGGAGAGUUCUCAUUGAGAGGGAGAAAAAAAUAAAACAUAUAUCCAUAAAAGACAAAAACAUAAAGAAAUUCAUAGGAAAUUGACGAGAAAAAUAAAAAUAAAUAACAAGUAUAGGGAGUUACAGUUUACGCUCUUUUUUCUACUAUUUGUAUGUAAAAUCUAUUAUAGAAAAAAAAUGAAGCAAAAAUCAAUAAUAAUAGUAAAUAAUAAUAACGGUAAUGAGUAUGACGGCAAAAGGUCGAAACAGAAUAUAAAACCAUCGUUUUUGUACUUUAAACUCAAAUAAAUUCAAACAGUAAAAAGAAACCAAAAAAAAUAAUUCAGUAGCGAACUGAUAAGGGAACGUUAGUUUUUCCUAUAAAAAGCUAUAAACAAAUAUCUUAAUGAGAAUGCUUAAAGAUUAAGAGAACUAGUGACGGAGAUAAACAUGUUACGAUUUCAGUGAGAGCAAAUCCCGCAUGAAAACCACGAAACUAAAAGAAUGAGCAAGUAGUGCUUCAGGAUACUUUCUGUCCUGUUUUAUAUAAGAAAAAAGUUCUGUUUUGUACGGCAAAAAGCGGAGACCCCAAAAACACGGACCGAAACGUCUCUUGGAAUUUCAGAAUUUUCUACGAUUGUUUCAUAUCCCGCGGAAAAAAGCGAAUACUCUCUUCUGGCCUACUUUUUGGCAUCUGUGUCUGCACGAAGAUGGAAUAUAAUCAAUGUUAAACGUCAAGCAUUUUGAAUAUCCAAACCAGUUUGAAUAGAAAACUUUUUGAAUAGCCAAUAAUGUGAACUUUCGCAAAAAAAGAAGGAAACAAACAAAAAAACAAAUCCAACUGUUACCAUUCAGCCUAACAAAUCCAUUUCGCGAGUGUAUAAAAAAGAUGUAAACAGCACUGGCAAAAAGAGGAUACAUUCGACUGCUGUACGCAUCCGUUUUGUUUGAGAAGGA